AUGCAUAGUUAUAUCGAUUAUACAGACAUUUUUCACCCCUUUGUUAGUUUAUUCACUCAAUCGCAAGUGCAAUCAAUUCUCUUGGCAUGGCUUCCAACAAAAUUAGAAUCAUAUAUGUCCGGAAUAAUGGCAGUUGAUAUGUUUCUGACCAACGCCUUUGCGUACGGACUUUGUGCUUUAGCUUUUACAUUAUUCACGUUCUUUGGUUCUGUCAUCAGAAAAGGGUCAUGGAGAAAGAAACGUUGCGUCACGGCUCAAAUUGAAUAUCUUAUUAUGGGUCCGUAUGGUAUGCCAAGCGCUAAUCCAAUUUAUGAAGCUUUGUCUUGGUUAAUCUCUCAACAAACAAAAUCCCUAGAUAAUGGUUCUUUCAUUGUACAACUUACAACAAAUUUUAUGAUCAAUGAUUAUGAGAAAGACGAGUGCGCCCCUCCAGAAUUUAAUAUUCUUCCGGAGAAAGAUCAAGUAAUUUCCAUUAAAUUUAAAGGAAAGAAAUUCAAGGUUGAGUUUAACGUUCCCGACCAUCAUGAUGAAGUUCAUUCCAGUACGAACGUUGAUGAUAUAACAGAAUUUUUAAAUGAAGUAACACGAGCUCAUAAAGAAGAUCAGAAAAGAAUGAAAGGGCGUUCGAGAUAUGAACGAAAUUAUUGCGUUUGGGAAUACGUGCAAACGUUAUCUUCAAUUAGAGGUUUGGAUACGGUCGCAUUGGAUGAACCGCUUGAAUUAAUAUUAAGAAAGGAAUUAGAAACGUUUAUAAAUGAUAAAAGUUUCUACGAAAGAAUUGGAUUGCCUUAUCGACGUGGCAUUCUAUUAUAUGGAAAGCCGGGAACGGGAAAAACUAGUUUAGUGAAUGCGAUCUCUUCACAAUUAUCUCGUGAUAUUUAUUACUUAAAUCUUAAAAACAUCAAGGAUGAUAAUGAUUUAAGCGCCGCGUUUAGUGGCGUUCCCCCUAAUAACCUUAUUGUACUCGAAGAUGUCGACACCCAAUCUAAAGUUCUUCACAAACGAACUGAAGAUUCCUCAUCCUCGGAUCAACAAGAUAAAUCAGAAGAUAAACCACGAUUUAGUUUAUCAACUUUCUUGGGAUAUUUGGAUGGUCAUAUAUUAGCUGAAGGAAAUAUCAUCAUCAUGACGACAAAUCACGUUGAAUUUCUUGACCCUGCUUGUAUUCGUCCUGGUCGCAUGGACGUACAUCUUGAACUUGGUUAUUGUACUCAUUAUCAGAUUAAAAAAAUGUUUAAAGGUGUGGUCGAAAAUCCUGAAGUUGAGUUCCCUCGAGAUAUUCUUGAACAAAUUCCCGAAAGGUUGUUGCCUCCUUGUGAAGUUAUGAUGACUAUGGUUUUAUAUCGCAACGAAAUUGACAUGAUUCCACAAAAGAUUUAUGAAAUGGUCUCAAAAUAUAUAAACAUGAAACCUGAAGAUAUUGCAAAACAGAUGGAAGAAGAAACGCUCCGUAUUGCAGAAGCAUCUGCUAAUUUACAGCAAUCAGCAAAUCACAGAGCGUACGAGGAUAGUGAUACAGAUGUAGAUUUCGAUUAUAGGUCAAGAAAAAUGAAAAACAUGAAAAACUUCAAAAAAUGUCAAAAACGGCAAUAUGUUUGA